AUGAGCAGUUCAUUUUCAAUAGAGAUAUCGCGUGAGGAUGCCCCCCGAAGGGGGGCAUCUCGCAAUAGCAGGCGCAGCAACGUGAGGAGCAGCAGGACGCGCUUACGCAGCAGCAGCAACAGCAGCAGAGGGCAUGAGUUUGAUGUUUCUCCUUCAGAGCCUUCUUAUUCGGGUCCCUUUCCCGUCUCUCAAAGUGGCGAUUCAAAACCUUCCUUUUGGGGGGUCAGAGCUGCAAGUUCAGGCUCAUCCCGUGACGGCGCAGCAGCUAGCGGGUUUUGGGGGGCACCCAUCUCAGCCCAGGAAAGCGCAGAUGAAUCUAAGAGCUCUGCAGUGCCUCCAUUUCAGACGCGGCGGAUGCAGCAGCAGCAGCAGCGGCUACUGCUGCAGUCCGACGAAGGAGCCUUUGGAGACGCUUUCGAGCCGGACAGCCGCAUGGCGGCGGCCUCGGGUGUCUUCGAAGCUACGCCGCAGAAUGCAUCAUAUCCGCAUCAGCAACCACAGCAGGAGCAACAGGAAGAAGAAGAGCAGGAACAUGAUGCCGGCGGUUGGGACCCAAUGCCGUUGCCUGCAGGACCGGGAGAGGGCUCCAUGGGGCGGUUGGCUGGAGGCAGCGGCGCCACAGGCAGCUGCCGUAUGCGCACCGUUGCAUGCAACAGCAGCAACGUGUUGGGGUUACGUGCCUUUGGAGGCACCGAGGCAUUUUCAGGGGGUCAGUUUGCUGCUGCUCAGGAGCAGAGUAGUAGCAGUUGGCGGCCCCGAGACGGCUGCAAGGCUCCCUUACAGGAGGGGAAGGAGACGUUUGCAGUAGUACGGACCGUCUCUGUGGGGGAGGAGGUGGUUCUGGAUGAGUCUAAACACAACAAACUGUGGUUGGCUAGGGGAUCGGUUUUGUGGCGCUUUUUCCUGUGUGCACUUGCGCUGCGCAUUGGGUGUUCCUUGGGUCUGCUGGUGGUGGUGCUGACAACUUUAGGCCGCAUGGGGCGUGCUGUCUCCUGCAUAGACAUGGGUGCAUGCGUGGGGGGAGGAGGACUGCUUGCUUUCCCUGUGUUACUGCGAGCUGCGCCGGGCUUUGCAGCAGGGCUGGUGGCAUACGAGUCGAUAACUGGGCUGCUAGUGGCGGGGCUGGUGCUGGUUCUGCUGCCGAUGGCAGGCAAUUGCUACUACACUUGUCAGGCGCUGCUCAAAGGCACACGCAAGGCUUUCCUUGAAGAAGUGCGGGUGACGACCUGUUGCACCGCAUGGGUAGGGGCCUGUGUUGGUGUCUUCAUUCCUGUGCUGUUCUUUACGCAGCAGUUUUGCGACAGAGAACGCCUCGACAUCAAUGCGGUGCACAGAGCAGACAACACCGCUGUAGGCGCCGCGUCAGCCAACAUGUGCAAGCAAGUCGGCCUCUCCCGCGCGUGCGUUGCGAUGGCGGCGCUUUGUGCAUGCAGCACCGCGCUGCUGGUUUUCCAGCGAUACACGCGACUGUGGGCGGCGCUGCUGGGUGUGGGGGCUGUCAAGUUCAUGCUGGCCGGCUUUCUGCUCUGUCUCACGGUUAUGUUUGGGGGGCAGAGUAGCCAGAUGAUGCUGGAGACGAUGGACACAGCGCUGCAUGGGUCAGACGGCCUGCAGCAGCCGAUGGUGGUGCAGUUGGGCCUCUUCUUCGCCGCCCUCAAGUGGGGGGGCUACAUCUUAGGUGCGAGCAACUUAGCUACUGGGGCUUUUACAGUCUGGUUGUCAUAUUUGCGUUCUCAGCUGCUGUCCUUUAUGAACAUGCUAGUGAACUUUAUCUUCUUCUUCACCAACGCCGUCUCCUUCUUCGCAAUGACCUUCGAACACGCAACGUUGCAGAUGGUCUGCAACUACUCAGCAUUCCCGAUGCCGCAGACGGAUAGAGCAGCAUCAGAGGCUGCUCUCUUCUGCGUCUUCCGCCCCCAGUUCAGCUUCGUCUGGGCGCUCGUCGCCCUGCUCUCCUGUGCGCACUUCAUCGAAUUUUUCCUCUGUGCGGCACUCUUCCAUAGGGAGAUUAAAAGCAGCCAGCACUUCGACCGCCGCAGCUACUACAACAACGCUAUUCGGUCUGCUUUAAGCAUUGACUCCUUGCCGCCCAAAUGGGGGAUGGUGGCGACGGCAAGAGAAUAA